CUAUUGCGCCAAGAAAGGCAGCUGCUAGUUCUUCUAUAUAAGGAGGGCCUUGAGCUUCCUCUGUCCUCUCCACCACCAAAUACCAAACGUCUUCUUUCAUAUUAGCUCUGAUCAAUUACUAGCAGCUAGCUUAAUCUUGUAAUUCAGCAGCCAUGGCCGGCGGCGCCAUGGUGAACUCUGCCGGGGGCAAGGACUACCCCGGCGGGCUCACCCUCUUCGUCUUCUUCACCUGCGUCGUCGCCGCCACCGGCGGUCUCAUCUUCGGCUACGACAUCGGCAUCUCAGGGGGUGUGACGUCGAUGAACCCGUUCCUGAAGAAGUUCUUCCCGGAGGUGUACGAGAAGAAGCAGUCGGCCACGGGGACGAACCAGUACUGCAAGUACGACAACCAGCUGCUGCAGACCUUCACGUCUUCGCUCUACCUGGCGGCGCUCGUCGCCUCCUUCUUCGCCGCCACCGUCACCCGCGUCAUGGGCCGCAAGUGGUCCAUGUUCGCCGGCGGGCUCACCUUCCUUGUCGGCGCCGCCCUCAACGGCGCCGCCGAGAACAUCGCCAUGCUCAUCAUCGGCCGCAUCCUCCUCGGCGUCGGCGUCGGAUUCGCCAAUCAGUCAGUGCCGGUGUACCUGUCGGAGAUGGCCCCGGCGCGGCUCCGUGGGAUGCUCAACAUCGGCUUCCAGCUGAUGAUCACCAUCGGCAUCCUGGCCGCGGCUCUGAUCAACUACGGGACGAACAAGAUCAAGUCCGGCUACGGCUGGCGAGUGAGCCUGGCUCUAGCCGCUGUCCCAGCCGGGAUCAUCACGCUCGGCUCGCUCUUCCUCCCGGACACCCCCAACUCCCUGAUCGAGCGGGGCCACCCGGAGUCGGCCCGCGCCAUGCUGGCGCGCAUCCGUGGCGCCGACGUGGACAUCUCGGCCGAGUACGGCGACCUGGUGGUCGCCAGCGAGGAGUCCAAGCUGGUGACUCACCCGUGGCGGAACAUUUUGGAGCGCAGGUACCGGGCCCAGCUGACGAUGGCCAUCGCCAUCCCCUUCUUCCAGCAGCUGACGGGGAUCAACGUCAUCAUGUUCUACGCCCCGGUGCUCUUCGAGACCCUAGGGUUCAAGGGCGACGGGGCGCUCAUGUCGGCGGUGAUCACCGGCCUCGUCAACGUGUUCGCCACGCUGGUGUCGGUGUUCACCGUCGACCGGCUGGGGCGGCGGAAGCUGUUCCUGCAGGGUGGGUCCCAGAUGCUGCUGAGCCAGCUCGUCGUCGGCACCCUCAUCGCCGUCCGGUUCGGGACCAGCGGCGUCGGCGAGAUGCCCAAAGGGUACGCGGCGGCGGUGGUGCUCUUCAUCUGCGUCUACGUGGCGGGAUUCGCGUGGUCGUGGGGCCCGCUCGGGUGGCUGGUGCCGAGCGAGAUCUUCCCGUUGGAGAUCCGGCCGGCGGGGCAGAGCAUCAACGUGUCGGUCAACAUGCUCUUCACCUUCGUCAUUGCGCAGGCGUUCCUGACGAUGCUGUGCCAUCUCAAGUUUGGGCUCUUCUACUUCUUUGCUGGCUGGGUGGUCAUCAUGACGGUCUUCAUCGCGCUCUUCUUGCCGGAGACCAAGAACGUGCCCAUUGAGGAGAUGGUGCUUGUCUGGAAGGGCCACUGGUUCUGGAAACGCUUCAUUGCAGAUGAGGACGUCCAUGUCCCCGCUGCUGCUGCUGCCAAGGGCGCCGCCACUGCAUAGAUUUGUGUGUGUGUGUGUGUGUACAUUGUUGGAGCAAUUUCUUCUUCUUCUUUGUUUGUCUUCCUAGUUGAUCCUAGGCCUCCUGGGUUUGUGUGUGUUUCGCCAAUUCUUGCACUAGUUAAGACAUGUAUCAACCGUCGAUUAUCGUUAUCAUACUUGCAACAAGAAUCAAGGCUUUAUUGUUGAGAGAAA